AUGACGGAGCACUUCUUCGCGAGCAAGCGGAUGGAGACGCUCUAUCCGCUCCCGCGGUCGACGGCGAUCGUGACGCAGAGCGAGAACGGGCCGUGUCCGCUCCUGGCGGUCGUGAACGCGCUGUUGCUCUCGAGUGAAAUCGAGCCGAGCGAUCUGAAUCGACCCGGUGUCGGCGACGUCGGCGGUUGCACGACCGAAGGUUUGACGCGGUGCUUGUUCGACGUUAUCGACGCACGUCUGCGACGUCGGAGCGAGAACGCGAGCGAUGAGGUGCGAAUGAGCGCGGAGAUGGCGGCGGCGGAGGCGAAGAGCGCGACGAGCGACGCCGCGCGCGGACUGGACGUGAACGUUCGAUUCGAUGAUUGCGAGCGGUUCGAGUUCACGAGAGAGAUGAGUUUUUUCGAUGCGUGCGGGACGCGGGUGAUGCACGGAUGGGUGGUCGGCGAGGGCGAGCACGGCGGCGAGUCGGUUGACGCCGUGGGCAGAGAUGGAUAUAACCGUUUGACGGAGCGGUUGAUCGAGCUUCGGACGACGGUGAUGGAGAGCGAUACGGCGGAUGUUUCGGCGCAGGAUGAGGCAAAAAUUCCAUCGGAAGUGGUCGAGGCGAACGUCGAGCGGGCGGGGGACAGAGAGGAGCGGGAACUGUUGGAGCACGCGAUGAAGCUGUCGCUCGAGCCCGAGAAAUCCGCGCGAGACGAGGCGUUGGCGAGAGCGAUGCGCGAGGCGGAUCUCAUCGAGGAUUUUUUGAACACCACGGCGAGUCAGCUCACGUCCACCGGGUUGGCGCAGAUGCGAGAUCGGAUAAACGAGCGCGAGUACGUGGUAUGGUUUCGGAACAACCACUUUAGCGUCGUAACCAAGCUCGACGGGCAGCUCUAUGCGCUCGUCACCGAUCAAGGGUACUUGCACGAACCCGACGUGGUUUGGGAAGGUUUAGGCGGCGCUAAAGAUGGGAUGUUUUUCACGUCCAAGUUCGAACCGUUCGUGCCGCACGCCGAAUCGGGGCCCGAGGCGAUGACGGCAACGAGCGCUUCGAGCGCAAGCAGUCCGAUCCCGGACGCGUUCCUCCGCGCGUCCAGCGCUGGCACGGGCGAAUCGACGACGAAUGCGUUCGAGCCCGACGUCGAGAAAUCCGAUCACGCCCUCGCUCUGGAGCUUCAGGCCCAGUACGAGGCAGAAGAUCGACUCCGCGCCGAGCGCGAGCGCCGCCGAGCGAGCGAGCGAAGCGCUCCGCCGACCGUUCCGUACGCCGAUCAGAGCCGACCGUCGUCCUCGACGUCCACCAUCGGCGCGCGCAAAACGGCAUCAAGGAAGAAACCGUCGUCGUCCAAGAGCGCGCUCGACUCAUCCUGCGUCGUCAUGUAG